GGUCCAGGAUUUCACCCACAUCUUCCCGGUGCAGGAUACAACUUCUUAGCGAAGGCUCUUGGAGCUUCAAUGUGGUUCUUCAUUUUCUACCGGGCCAGGCAAGAUGGAGGAAAACUACUGGGUAUACAUCCUUGGGAUAGCCACGGCCAUGGGCAUGGCGCACAUGAAGACCACCAUUGA